CACACCGUUCUAAUUUUGUACAUCGUGACACGUCGAAGUCCUCAAUUCCACAUCUUUAAUCUCUACUUCUUGCGAAUCGCGAUCACCUCGCCUUCCCAAUCCCAAUCCCAAUCCAUUUGGCGCUGCGAAAGCAAGAAGUGGGAAGCCCUCGUUUCACCUCUCCUCCUCUGCGCUGUCGUUGUCUAACAAGGGAACUCGCAGUUUCAUCUUCAGCACCAAUGCAGAAUGGUUAUCCACACUCUUCCUCUUCCUUCCCUCCUUCCCCCAUUCAACCCCAGGAGGAGACUUGAAGCAAAAGCUUCGGCCACGGUAGGCAACCCCGGAUCCGGCCGCAAUAAAGCUAACCUUUCUGCCAGGCGCCAAGAACGAGUCUUUAUUCCGAACUACUGUGAUGGAAAUGGCAGGGCCUUCCCCAUCAGUGAUUUUUUCAGACAUCCAACCGGCAUGGAGGCCCUCCUCAACACCAGAGCUUUGCAAAGAUUUGAGCUAUUGGACGCCAAUACAUUUAGGUGCACUUUGUAUAAAAUUCAGUUUUUGAAGUUUGAAGUUUCCCCUGUAAUAGACCUUCAGGUGACUCCAACUGAUAAAGAUUGCACAGUUGAAAUGUUGUCUUGCAGGUUUGAGGGUUCAAAAGCAAUAGAAAAACAAAACCAACUAUUCUCAGCAUUUAUGAGAAAUCAUAUAACUUGGGAGGCUGAUAAUUCAGAGCCAUGCUUGGUUGUGGAUGUGAAUUUGAGAAUUGCACUUGACGUUUAUACAAAACCAUUCAGCUUACUUCCCUUGUCAGCUGUGGAAAAACCUGGAAAUUUGUCUGCUCAUGCAAGGUUCAGUUAAAGAUGAAGGCAGAACAUUUUUUUUUGUUCUAUCUGAGAAGCUUUAUUCUUGCACUUUUGUUGGAGAUCCAAGUUUGACAGUGGUAGCAAAUGGAGUGUGCAAAAAUUUUCUUUAGAUAUAAUUCCAUUGCAUGAGGCUAUGCAUCACUUCUACCCUUUACUCAACUAACCUUGUCCACAAUGCUGGUAAAAAUAUUCAGGAAACAGUAUGAAUCAAAAUUUGGCACUGAGGUUAUCACUCUUCCCUUAAUGUGUAUAAAACAAGAUUUUGCUUGACGAAUAUUACUUGAUCAAACAGUUUUCCGAAAUAACUGUGUUUCUCUGGAAAAUCGUAGGAUGUUUUUAUAGCUUGUCUUAUGUGCACAACUUCUUGCAGAAAAUGCAGUCACAGAAGAUUUCUUAUCGGAACUCUGUUCCAUAUGUUUCAAUUAACAUGUGGGAAGCAUGGAAAUUAUUAAUUUCUCCCUUCUAUUGACAGGGUUAUGCAAGGUCUUCUCGACAG